GCAAGGCGAAAGCCCUGGAGAUUGCUUAUAAAAACGACUAAAGGGUGCACAUUAAGCCACACGCGAACGCCACGAGCUGGGCGCAUUGCCUUCAAGCAACCCAGAGGACUUGAGUUUCUUUUGCUUCUAUUUGCUCUCGACGCUCCCUGCCGAUGGACAUCACUGCCAAGAUGGAAAUAACCGUUAGCCAGCAACAGUUCGUGCCGCCUGCCUGCUUCUUUGCUGCUGCAGCUCAGAACAUACAACUCAGCCCGAUCGAAAGCCAGUGCAGCGGAAAGUCCGCUUCUAAGCAGGUGAAGCGACAGCGGUCCUCCUCUCCCGAGCUGCUGAGAUGCAAGCGGAGGCUCAACUUUGCGGGGUUCGGGUAUAGUCUGCCACAGCAGCAACCACACGCGGUGGCCAGGCGGAACGAGAGGGAGCGGAACCGGGUGAAGCUGGUCAACAACGGGUUUGCCACUCUUCGGGAGCACGUUCCAAACGGUGCAGCCAACAAAAAGAUGAGCAAAGUGGAGACUUUGCGCUCGGCGGUGGAGUACAUCAGGGCGCUGCAACAGCUCCUAGAUGAGCACGACGCCGUGAGUGCAGCCUUUCAGUCCGGGGUCCUGUCUCCCACGAUUCCGCAGAAUUGUUCCAACGACAUGAACUCAAUGGCUGGCUCCCCUGUAUCCUCGUACUCCUCGGAUGAAGGGUCGUAUGACCCACUGAGUCCAGAGGAGCAGGAGCUACUGGACUUCACCAACUGGUUUUGAGCUUCUGCCAAGGAAUAUGAUUUGUAUUUUCAACCAAUUAAUAUUCUCGGCGCCUGCAAGAAAUUAUAGAACACAAAGGAGCUGGUGUGCCCCAAAACAAAAAUUAAACAAAUGAAGCACUGCUUUUGCGCUCCGGUGAGUGCGUUGGAACUGAAGGCGCUUAAAACGCCAGAGUCAAGCGCUUCUGAACUGUGGAGAGGACGAUUCUCGUGCCAGACACCGAUGACAGCGUGGGAAUCUAACGUCUUUUGCGCAAUUGUCCACGAAAAUUAUUCUAAAAAGUGACCUUUAACAACAUGAUGGCACACAGAAAUACUUUGUAAAUGCUGUUCUUAAACUAUGCUACACCCAAUCAAAGAAUUUCAGUAAACUUCUGUGACGUUUUAAUUAUGAAAUGCUUCCAUCUCUGCGAAUUUUAUCAUAAGAAAUUCUAUUUGUAUCAAACAUGUUGUUUUGAAAUAUAUUAAGCUAUUUUUGUAUAUAAGAGAGAUUUAUAGAACUUUUGUACACAGCGUUUUACCAUGUAUAUAUCUUGAUGAUAUAUUGAUAUGUUGCUUAUUACCUCUGCCUAUUUAGACUUGUAGUCUACAUUGUUUUGCAACUGGCAAUUCUGUGUAUGGUGUAUGAGGUUUCAAAGAGGAGUUUGACACUCCACAGUUUUACUCUAGUACCAACGUGUCUUAUUUAAUAGGAAGUAUGUGUUAUUAUAAUGUGUCACGGAGUUCACUAUGAACAAAGUUUAUGCAGCUAUUGUCCAAACGCAGAGGAGACUACAAGGAUGGUGAAUUGUCCCUGUACUGCCUGCUUUACACUGCCUUCACUGCUAUUGGGUUUAUCUGAGAAACAAGAAAAAACCUAUUAACCAUGUUUCCAUGCUAUAGUUUCAUAAUAAAUACAUUUUCUUAA